AUGAUGUCCACAAUGAAUCGCCCCGAAGACACCAUUCGCGGUCCCCGGUCAUACCCAAGUCCAGCCGAGGAUGAAGACAACGAAAAAGGGCCACACGACUCCCUUGUACCGCCACCACUGUCAUACAAUGAAGGAUUCCCAAGUUUCGAUGGAGAAGGGUCCAGGCCUGGUACAGCCAUGGGCGACACACCUAAGAGUACUGGCAAACGAGGGUCCGGUCCGAAACCAUUGACACAAGAUGAAACAAUCGAGCUUGCCAAGCGUGCUGUCGAGAGUGGGAUCCAAGACACAAAACGAUCGUUGGCGGGAAGCGAGGCAGUCACUGAUGUAGUGAAGCCCAAAUUGACGAUUGAUCUGGGCCAUUCACAUAUCGUUCGCAUACCGGAGCCUGUUGUGGAUAUUAUAAAAGAUGAAGUGGAACGGCUCUCUCUUUCGAACAACCACCUGUUUCAUAUUCCAUACCGCUUUGCUGAAUGUUCUCAUCUCCGAUACCUCAAUAUUCGAGCUAAUAAUUUCCGUGAAUUCCCCAAAGGGGUGUACAAAUUACUCCUGCUAGAAAUCCUUGACCUCAGUAGAAAUAAAAUCAGCAUAUUGCCUGAUGAAAUUAGCAGGCUGAAAUCAUUGCGAGUGCUUUCUGUUAUGCAGAACAGACUCGAUGAACUUCCUGUCGGUUUAUCUGACAUGAAUAAGCUGCAGAUUCUCAAAGUUGCUGGAAAUCCUCUGCGAUCCCCACUCCGACGUGUCUUGGAGACAUCGGAGACAGACAUGGCACCAUCGGCAAUGACAGACAACGAGAAGGAGGUCGCGGUUACUGCAGAAUUGAAGAGGUUUCUAAAGACUCGGCAACAAGCAACAACUCCAGAACCUGAGCUUAGUACAGAUGCAAGUGAAAGCUCGUCAUUUGAAACACCUCGGCCGGCGCCAGUGAAGCGGAAACUGAGCAGUCGCUUUCCCGUCAUACCUAGUACUGGCGAUAGCUCAGCAGCGUCUUCUCGAUCACCGUCUCUUUCCCGAGGGGCAGGAAUGCCGGCGGCAACAAAAACUCACUACCGCAUGGCUUCCGGUCAACAAAGCGGUAGCUAUCAACUGGAAAGCCUUCGACGACCCAGCGCGACACCACUUAUCAAUGAACGCAACCGAAGCAAUAGUGAAGGCAUAAUCCAAGCAUCAUUUGCUGCUCGAAGCAAGCGCAUGGGAGUAAUCACCCGCAAGAACACAGAUCUAGGGACACUUGAUGAAACUCGGGCCUAUCGCAACAGUCAUUUACGAGGUCUUAGCCAUGGUUCCGUACUUCGACCACGACCAGCGGGGCCGGCUCCAGCCAGUGGCAGUAGUUCAUCAAGUCCUAGCAGCCCUCGAGACCGUCGACGACCGCGAGAUGGCUGGGUCAAUCGAAUGUCCAGUCUUCCAGAACACAAGGGGGAAAGAGGCUCAGACGGACCAGUCAUCGAGAGCGCCAAGGGGAUUUUAUUCGCUCUCUUCCAGGUCCAUUCUCAUAUUUCCACCUUAAUAAAUGUGAUCAAGCGUGAUGACACCAGACGUCAUAGUCUGGAGCUCGUGUUCUACAACGCCUCGACUCAUGUUGACCGGCUCAACGAGGCUCUUGAGAAUGCAGAGACGUUUCUACCCGACGAUCAAGACUCGACGCGGGGAAUGAACGAGACCGUGAAACGAGAAUGUGAAACAUGCAUUGCAGCUUACUCGCAUGUUGGAACUCAGCUCCGUAACAGUGCUGCAAAGAUUGUUUCCAAUGCCGACUCACGGUAUGUUCGUUCAUUGAUGCUUAUGAUGUAUGGAAGUUUGGUGGAGCUACGAAAUGCUUGCGCUGGGCUCAACGUUUCCCUUCAACCAGCCAAGAAAACCCUUCUGGAGUCCAAGCCAAUCAUUCCUGAAAUACAAAAGGGUCCUUCGGCGCCAGCAGAACGGCCUUUGAGGCCAUUGGUCACGCCUACCCGGGAAACAACUGCACCUACCCGGCGAUUACGCAGCGACACAACCAUUAGACAUCCCCAAGUACCCUUGACACUUCCAAAUUCGCAAGUCAAUGGCUCGCCCGGAUUCAUCACGCCAUCAUCAUUCAACUACUCACGCAGUAGGUCCAGCAGCCGGACAAAUUUGAUCAACACAUCUGUGCCUACAUCUAUGGCCACACCUCGCUCUGGCGAGUCAUUCCCUCCCAUGCCUGUUGGCAUCGCUCCUCGAAUCAAUCCAUUGACUGGAUUAGAUGAAAUUGAAGAAGAGCGUAUCUUUGAAAGAAUCUUCUACCAACUUACUUCUGCGUACAGCGCAGCGCUACAAGCACUACCGUUAGCCCGUCGGCAAUUAUUACGGUGUCUUGAGGCUGCCGAAAAGUCUCGCGAGUCUGAAGGGAUCCAGAUGCUAUGGAACAACCUCAUCCGUCGAUGCCAGUCAUGCAUAGAGGUAUCGGAGGCACUUGGCAUACGUCUGUCAACGAUGAAAGUCAAGGAACCAAACGGUGGACUCCGCAAUCAGCGUGAGUUCUGGCAACUAUGCAAGGCAUUUAUGCAAUCCUUUGUAGAUCUCGUGACAGACAUGCGAGAGGUGCGCAGUAUGCAACGUCUACCCCAGGAUAUCGUUAUUAUCCUUCGCCCUGUCCAAAAAGCUAGCAGGGAAGCUGGCCGCCUGAUCGAAGCAUCCCCCUGGUCUUUCCUAGCAGACAUGGCCAGUAAUGCACCAGCAAGUCACCUCUACGGCCCUCCACUACAACCGCCACAUAUUCAACAUCAAACCUCAUCAUCUACAUCCGCAAUCGCCUCCCACUCCCUUCCAUACCUGACGACUGGCAUGUCCCCUCAAUCCAUUACUGUCCCGAGUACCCCGCUCAGCGCUGCGCUCGGUCCCGCGGCACAGGCUACUGUUCCCUCAACCCCGGCCAGUGCUUACAGCGACAAAUUCUUCGAGGGUGAUGUGUUUCAACGCGCUGAUUCACUCCUGUCAAUGCAACAACAAACACCAUACUUUCGUCGAGUCUAG